GUCAAUGUAAGUCUAGAAGUGUCAACGAGAUCAGUUCUACCAAUCACCAAAUAAAGCAACAGCUCCAACAAUAAACAUACACUCCUUUCGUCUCCUUUGAAAGUAUUUCGGUCAUUCAUUUAUUCGCUGUUUUGUUGUGAAUUGAUUUCGGAUUGGCGCGGCGUGUAAGAUGAGUUUGAACGAACCGUUGAUAGAUAGAAAAGAAGAUAUUUACUCUAUUCUUCGAACUUAUUACUACCAGUUUCCUCGAGUUGGGGGAAACUUGAAUACUCCACGUCCUGCAGCUUGCUUUUCCCCUCAGGUCUUUGGAGCUGGCAAGAGUUGUGUUGGUGAAAAUUUUUUAGAGUUUCUAAAAAAAUUCGCCGACGAAGAAGAAGAGCAGACGAAGACAGAGGUUUUCAACAAAAGCUCAUCGGGAAAAGUAGAUUUGAAGAUUUUUUCUUGGAAACACUUUGCGGAAAACACUUUGUCAGUUGUCUUAGAACUAGAAGACGGUUUUUCUGAUGCUCCUUUUCCAAGGUUUCUACAGGCUUUGUUAUAUAAUAUAAUUUUGAACGCUUAUCGACAAAAUGGAAGAAGAAAAGAUGCCGCUCACGUUGCUUCAAUGAUAAUCAGAGAACUCAACUUGGACGAUGCCAUAGAUUAUCUUCUCGAACAGUUUCAGAAACGAUAUUUAUUUUUGAUGAUAGACGAACUUAGCCACCUGAGUUACCUCACCAAAUACUAUAGUGAACUUACCACGAAACAGUUCGUCGAGUCUGACCCAAAAUAUGUACCUUUCCGGAAUUUCUUCCGUAUUUUACGUGAUUUGUUGAUUACAGGGAAGUUAAUUGUCUAUUUGGCAGGUCGGACUGCUGAAAUCUCAGCCCCCCUGUCUGAUACUCGCUCCAGUAGAGUGAGUCUCCAUAUGUUGCGGUUGAACCCCUUUAACCUCCAUGAUAUUAACGAAUAUAUUGAGCUGGCAACUUAUGAUGGAAAGUCCUUGAAGGACUGGUUAUUACCCUCAGAUGAUAUACGACAUCGAUUCGUAGAAUUGUUGAAAAAGAAGACAGGAGGUAUCCCGUUGAUUGUAAGGAAUACUUUACUAGCCCUAGUACAGAAAGUUGCAAACUUAUCGCAACCUGCUAUCAACAACGAAAAUAUGGAACUUUUGUUAGAUAGUGUCUUCAGCUCUUUACUACUACAGUCAGUAACGUUUAUUAUUCCAGAGAUACUAGAUUCCGCAACCCUUCUUCGAUAUCAAUUUGUCCUUUUGAAUUAUCAACUCGGAACAGUUUUCCCAAUCGGAUUUGCAAUUACUCUAUGUGGAACGAGAACUUAUUUGAUGGACUUGGUUGCAACUUUUGGGUUUUAUUCUGAAAUUUGUGAAACUGACGGGAUUGAUUUGGGCACUAAAUUCAAGAUUGGUUGUUGUGAAUUUAUAUUGAGAGCUCAUAGCAACUAUAACUUUUUCCGUGAGGCUACUGAACUCUUUCCUUUAUCUCCGUUUAGUUAUAUUCCCGACACUGCAACAGCAAAAGGAGUCUUCUUUGAAUUUGUAUUUAUGAAGAUCUUUCGCUUUCGCUUAUUAACUUUUCUUCAUUCUAAUUCCUCGCCUAUUGUGCAUUCUGCUAUUCCAGGAAUUUUCCAGGGUUCUUUUAUUGAACAGGACAAUGUUUCGUAUUCUAUGGAAUCAACAAAAUCUAAUGAUAUACCCAUCUUGAGAAAUGUCUCUGAUUCAUUUUCUGACCAUUAUGGAAAAUAUUUACAACAUUGUGGUAUUUUUGUUCCAAAAGAUGGCGAUUCGAGUGGUCCUGAUGCAUAUGUUGUAUUCCAUAAUGGACAGACACGUUAUGUUGUUGCAUUUUCAUUUACAUUUUAUCACAAAACUGAAUUUUCGAAGAGAGAUAUUGAGAAGGAAGCAGAACAAUUUUUCCAAGAAGUUAUUUCCGUUUUGAAUGACGGAUCUCCUUCAUCUGUUCAACUUUGUUUUCAGUUUGUGGUAGUUUGUACUAGAUAUGAUCGAUCUGUAGUUUUCUCUAGUGAAGAACAGAAUAUUGUUGAGGAUGCAAGUUAUUUGGUUACUGAACAUUCUGCAGGGUCAACUUUGAAUGAAAGUCGUCGAUCAUGUCUGCAAUUGGUAAUUGUUUCCCAAAGGAACCUUGAACGAUUUUUGGGAAGAGAAAAUUUCGAUAUUUUGAGGAAAAUUGGGAAAGCAAGCCGAGAAGAGUUCAGAAAAGACUUUUCAGUAUGGUGUAAAACUGUCUUUGAGUCGAUGUCCGAUGAAUAUGUUUCGCCUUUGGAAGCUAAGCCAUUCAAUGUUACUUUAAGAGUAGCUCGAAAUAUAAGACCGAGAACCAAUGAGGAGAAUAGGAUGCAAAUGGAAGGUUUUCAAACUGCUAUGCAAAUGGAAGAAGGAAAUACACGAGGCGAACAAAGGGUUGCAGCAUCCAGUUCUUUGUCUUCGUCAUUUGAUUGGAAUACUUUCCUAAGAGAAUAUUGUGGUCUUUCUGAAGAAGAUGUUGCUUAUUGUCUUCCGAAAGUGGAAGAUAUUGAUAUGGACGAGCUUCCAGCGGUGACCAAAGAAAUUUUAAGGGACUUGGGUAUAGAUAAACCUGCGUUGAGGUUGAAGAUAAGAUCUUCUAUAAGGUCAUAUCUCGCUAACGAACGAUGAAUGUAUUUGAGAGUUUUGUCAUUUUUUCAAUAUGUUUCAUUCGUUGUAGUUGCAACUCAUAAAUACAAAAUUUUCUAUUAUUCUAUUAUCGAACAUUGAAGAUGUUAACCUGCUUUACUCGAUUUUGAGCAAAUGCUUUCACAGGAGAUAUGGAGUCUUUUAUGUUUAGUGAGUUUUAUUCAAGAAAAUAUUCCACUAAAAGAGAUAUAAAAAGCUAUUGGUAUAAUAACUGGUAUAGAUAGAAUUUAUCUUCAUACCAUAGUAAUAUUGCGACGGGAGAAAGAUAGCGUCGUAAGGAACUUCCGUCAACUCCCUAGCGACGCUUAAGCCUUUCAACAAAGUUGAGUUUGACCGAAACUAGCUUUGCAAAGAAAAUCUCAGUUCGAUUGCAAUUAGUUUUGAUUUGUUCUCAUGUUGUGUGCAGUGAUCAGUCCAAUUCGGAUGCUUUGUAAGGUCAACUUGAAAGUGCGAGAUGGUCACUGUUCAAUUUCAACGCGGAGCAACUCUGUUAACUUGUCAUACAAAUAAAAGGCUCAAGGAGCACUCUUUCUUCAAUUAUCAACCGUUAGAAAUUUUGAGCAAUGAACAUUUUAAGAUUGAU